GAAACGCAGCGAGCGCUGGAGGGGGAGACCGGACGGACGCCCCCAGCCCCAGCGCGGCAGCUGGCAGGGCGGGGACAGCCCUCGCCUGCAGCCACCUCUGGGGCGCCGGGCCCGCCCCGCGCGGCGCGGGAGGCGGGGCGCGCGGCCAGCAGGUGGAGGGCGGGCGCUAUGGCUCGGCCUCCCGGCGCCGGGGACUCCCUGCCAGCGCUGCCAGCCCCGGAUGCCCGCCAGACUCCGGGCUCCGCCGGGGCCCCCGCCUGACCUGCCUCCCGCCCCGGCCGGGUGGGACACGGGGCGAGCCGUCGGGGGUCCCCAGGGCCCAUGCAGUGCCGGCUCCUGCGGGGCCUGGCCGGAGCCCUGGUCGCGCUGCUGGGCAUGGGACUCCUCUCCCUGCGCUGCCGCUGGCGCCUGACCCCUCCGCGGGCCCCCGAGCCCCCCGCGCCGCCCGUGCCCAGCGCCCGCCCUUCCCGGCUGCAGCCGCAGGACGUGUUCAUCGCGGUGAAGACCACCCGGGCUUUCCACCGCUCCCGCCUAGACCUGCUGCUGGACACGUGGGUCUCCAGGACCCGGGAACAGACCUUCGUCUUCACCGACAGCCGGGACGAAGAACUGCGGCGGAGACUGGGCUCCCACCUCGUGGUCACCAACUGCUCCGCGGAGCACAGCCACCCCGCGCUGUCCUGCAAGAUGGCCGCGGAGUUUGACGCCUUCCUGGCCAGCGAGCGCAGGUGGUUCUGCCACGUGGACGACGACAACUAUGUGAACCCGCGUGCGCUGCUAAAGCUGCUGAGCGCCUUUCCCUCGGGCCACGAUGUCUACGUCGGCCGGCCCAGCCUGAACCGGCCCAUCCACGCCUCGGAGCCGCAGCCCCACAACCGCACGAGGCUGGUUCAGUUCUGGUUCGCUACAGGAGGCGCCGGCUUCUGCAUCAACCGCAAACUGGCUCUGAAGAUGGCCCCGUGGGCCAGCGGCCCCCGCUUCACGCAGACCUCGGCGCUCAUCCGCCUGCCGGACGACUGCACCGUGGGCUACAUCGUCGAGUGCAAGCUGGGGGGCCGCCUGCGGCCCAGCCCCCUCUUCCACUCUCACCUGGAGACCCUCCAGCUCCUGGGGGCCGCCCAGCUCCUGGAGCAGGUCACCCUCAGCUACGGCACCUUUGAGGGGAAGCUGAACGUCGUCAGGCUGCAGGGCCCCUUCUCCCCAGAGGAGGACCCCUCCAGGUUCCGCUCCCUGCACUGCCUCAUCUUCCCGGACACGCCCUGGUGCCCACAGCUGGUGGCCUGGUGACCGCGGACAGGGUCUGGCACCGGCUGACCCAGGAGAGUCGGGGGCCCUUCAGCUGGGCCCGGACAGCGGGACUCUGUCCCCAGUUCUUGGCCCUUGUCCUGGGGCCCCUCACUGCGGCCGCCCCUGGCUGGACCCCAUCCCCUGAGGGGGCCCAGGUUGAAGUCACAGCUUGACCCGGGGGUCUGUGGGGUCCCCGCCGGUCUUCAGUGCCCGCCGCGGUGUCCCCUGCUAACUGUCUGCACUUGGGGUGUCAUCACUCCGCCCCCGGGGCCCAGACUGGAUUCUCAUUCCUCGCUGCGGCUGCCGGGAGCCUUUUGCUCACACCUCCAGCCUCCCUCCCUGGUGCAGGGCUGCCAGAGGGUCCCCGUGAAGGAGGGAUUUGCCCACCGCAGUGAGGCUGCUGCGGAGGGAGGUCCUUAGACCCCCACCCCGGCUGCCUGCUGUGGAUUUGGGUGUGAUGUCUGGAGCGGGGGCAGCCACUUUGCUGCCGUGAGGACAGGCAGCGACCGUCACCCACUGCGCUCCCCGCCUGUUUCUGAUGGAAAAUGAAAACCUGUUUGUUUAA